AAAAAAAAAAAAAGAAAAAACAAGAACUAAUCAAGCCGAUUAUUAUGAGCAUUCUGUACUUAAUAACGGUAAAUAAACAGAAAUUGAAGGCAGAUACUCAACAUUCUUCCGAAAUGGAACUAAGUGAUUUGCGUUCAAAGAAAAUGAGUAGUUAAAAAAAUAAAAAAGCAAAAACUAAAGGGAGGUAAGUUAUGCCAGUAGAAAGAGAGAGUCACCGACUGGAGGAAUGGUCGGACGGCGAUGUUUUGCGAGAAAAGUUGCCGCAGUCCGGUAGGGGGAGGAUGCAUGAGGAACGGAGGACCACCGCCAUCGCUUCGGAUAAGUGCUGGUAUUUCGGUUGCACUUGCUAUCAGAGAAAAAGUGUUUGCCAAGAUGAAGUUACCAUCCUCCGCGACCUGGGGUUCAUGGGUGGUUUAAACCAUCCAACCCGACCUGCUCGCGAAGCUGUUGGGAUCCCCAACAAGAACACAACGUGCUGCGCCAAGAGAAAGGGGAGGAAGUAUCGCUACUUCACUGGCUUGUGCUGCUUGAUAAGAGAUGUUUCAUCAGAUAAAGAGGAAGAGUAA